AUGGACAGUCACCACGCUUUGAUCUAUGGCUCAUUAGAUGCUCCUCAGUCUUUAUCUCUCGAACUGCAACAAAAAACUUUGACUAAUUUAACUUCAGUGGAAGAGAAAAAGGACAAGUCAAGUGUUAAUGCGACUAAGACUACAGCAUCGACUGCUCUAGCUGACAGUCAAAAUAAGCGCAAGAAGAAAAUCAUGAGGAAAGCAGCAGGCAAGGUCUGGGAAGACCCAACACUGGAAGAAUGGCCAGAAAAUGACUUUAGAGUAUUCUGUGGCGACUUGGGUAAUGAGGUAAAUGAUGAUGUGCUAGCAAAUGCCUUUAAAAAGUAUCCUAGCUUUGUCAAGGCUAGGGUUAUCAGAGAUAAGAAAACACUAAAGUCUAAAGGCUUUGGAUUUGUUUCACUAACUAACUAGGAUGAUUUCAUUAGGGCGAUGCGUGAGAUGCAAGGCAAAUAUGUGGGUAAUAGACCUAUUAAGCUGAAAAGAAGUGAAUGGCAGGAUAAAAGUGCCUCUGGAGGGAAUAAAAAAGGUUAUGACUUAAAAUUACUGGGUAAAAGAUGA